AAAAGCAAAUUGUUUAUCAAAGAUUCCUGACGUUCCUUCUGAUUGCAGCAGAACAUCUAGAAUUGGGAAGAUUUUGAGAUUUGCCAAGAAUCAUCCGCUAUUUCGUGUUAUUUUCCCAUAUAAUCCUUAAGAACUAAUCAGUUAUGGCUCCCCGUAAAGGAAAAGUACAGAAGGAAGAGACCGUCACCACGUUGGGUCCCCAGGUCGCAGAAGGAGAGAAUGUUUUCGGUGUGGCUCAUAUCUACGCUAGUUUUAACGAUACCUUCGUCCAUGUGACGGAUCUGAGCGGCAGGGAAACCAUCGCGCGUGUAACUGGUGGUAUGAAAGUCAAGGCCGAUCGUGAUGAGUCCUCUCCAUAUGCGGCUAUGUUGGCCGCUCAGGAUGUGGCGGAAAAGUGCAAAUUAGUGGGCAUUACGGCGGUGCAUGUGAAGAUCCGUGCCACCGGCGGCAACAAGACCAAAACACCCGGACCAGGUGCGCAGUCGGCGCUGCGAGCCAUGGCUCGUGCUGGAAUGAAGAUCGGCCGUAUUGAGGAUGUAACUCCAGUACCAAGUGACUGCACACGAAGAAAGGGAGGUCGCCGUGGUCGUCGUCUGUGAGGAGUAAUAAAUUUAUUAUGUUUUGGUACGGAAUUUCUGCUGUCUGUCGGAUUGCGCAUUUCCAUCUAACGAGACUGUCGGUGAAUAAAAUUACCAGCAAGUA